AUGUCUCCCAUCAAGGCAUUCGGGACUGUGGCUGUGAUGGUAGCCUGCUUUGUCGUCAUUUAUCCACGCUUCAUGCACCCCUUUGUGUUGAAAGCCUUCGGUUUGUACGAGCCUCCGAAAAAGGAUACGGAAGACAACAUGUAUCCUCCACACUUAAAAGCCAUGCCUCCUGGAGCUGCAAAACACGCAGCUGCUGCAGAAGAUACACGGAAACAUUUGAGACAAAGUCCACCUCACCCAGGAAUGAGAGCUGCAGCAGAGAUGCAGAGACAGCAGGCACAGCCAGGUUCAGGUAGAGGGAUGAUGGGUGUGGUGCUGCCGAUGUAUGCUAUAGGAAUUGUACUCUAUCUGGUCUACACAUUAUUUAAGGUAUUUAACAAGCCAAAGAAUGACUCCUGGGAUGAUGGGUCACCUUAUGAAAACAGAAUGGAGACAGAUUACUCAUUGGACAGGAUGGGGUUGCCAUCCAUAUACGAUGGUGCAGGAGAUGUGCACAAUAUUUACAAUGAUGAACAACAGAGGAAGCAGCUGGAACGUUUGCUCACUCGGAUUGAUGACAAAAAUGUUUCUGUAGAUGAGAUGAGAAUGCUUCAGAAGCGGCUGGAGGAAACUGAGGCUCACAUGUGCAGAAUUCUCAAGGCCAUGCAGGCAGUCCACUCAAAUGUGAACACCGAAGAAGAUUUGAGCGAGUCUGAGGUAACAUUCUCUUUCUGUCAGUCAAAGAAGUUAGCUACAGCUGUUGUAGGUGAAAAUCAAAACAAAGAAGAGAAGCUGGACAGUACAUCAAAGGCUGAGUAUGUUGGAGAUGAGAAAAAAUCUGCUGAAAACACUGAAACAAAAAUAAGGCACCGAAGAAGCAAGUAUGACAACGAACAAUGA